AAUAUAAAAGCACACGAACUAUGGCUGCUCAGGUUCCACCAAGCAACGCUUCAACUACACAGAUAUCUCCGGACUACAGCACCAAUGAGACCUACUCCGUGUAUGUACAGGUGGAUACCAAGGCUGUCCUCUCCUGCUUUACUCACCAAAUAAAAGAACUUGUAAUGUUAACCUGGGAAAUACACCUCAGGAACAAAAUUCCCUGUAUCCUGGCUUAUAGAAAAGACAAGAAUGAAACCAGGGAAACAAACUGCUCUGGUGAAGGAAUAACCUGGGAAUCUAGAUCUGACUGGAACUAUGGCCUUCAGAUAAACCCAGUGACUAUCAGGAAUGAUGGAGAUUACAAAUGUGUUUUUGUAACGCCUGAAGGGAAUUUCCAAUGUCUUCAUCACCUCAGUGUGUUAGUUCCUCCUCUAGUAAACCUGUCUAAGGAAGGGAAUGACUCUAUUGUGUGCAAGGCUGCUGUUGGGAAGCCGGCUGCCCAGAUCACUUGGACUCCAGAAGGAG